AUGGUGAAUACUUCGACGGAUGAUCAUCAAUUAAGAACUAUGAAGUCGCAAGAUGAUACAGUGACAUUCGAAUCAGACAACUCAUCCAUUAUCAUAACAGCGCCACUUCCACAGAAGUACGUGUGUAAAGAUCGAAUAAAUAUAACUAUGCACUGCCAAGGAUACAGCGAUGUGAUCGCGGAGUUCUCACCGGACAUCGAUGUGCAACCGUACGGACCGAAGAGUAACUUUUACUUAUGUGAACGUACACGUAAACGGACACUGGCUGAAUCGUUUGAGCACAAAGCUACGGUAUUUUCCGGAGUUGUGUUGGGGCUCACAUCGGUCUCAGCUAUGAUUGGACAUGCGAUUCGGAGGCAUUUCAUUCCGGAGAGGAAACAGAUGUAUGAGAAUCUUGGUGUGCAGUAG